AAAUGCGGAACAGUGAAAAUUACGAAAUACGUUAUGUGAACUUCACCGUAGCAUUGUUACUUAAAUUUAAAUGUACUAUUUCUGUCACGAUAGUAACAGAAGUUUUCUCAAAAUGUCACAUCGCAACUGAUACUAUAUGUAUUUUUUAUAACGAUGUUACAUAAGAACGAACGUGUAUCAAGUAAAACUAUUGAAAAUUAUUAAUCGUACAUUAAUUGUUAAACUUGAGAAAAAUGUACGAAUUCAUUUGUAUUAAUUAAUCUGAAAAGUAUUUGUAAUACACGUGUAAGGUGACAAGCGUGUACAGUUUUGGUGCACGUACCUUCAUGCUGUGAUUUAAAAGUUUAUAUCAAAUACAAAAAUCAGUAGACAUGGCCGAUGAAAAACUGAAAAAUCAAGUAGAGGAUCAAGAAUUAAAUGACCUAUUAGACAGUGCUUUAAAAGAUUUCACUAAAGACCAAAAUGUAGAUAAAACAGACGACAAAAAGGAAUCUUUAGAAGUCACAACAGAGAAAAACUCUUUUGAAUCGUUAGAAGAUGCUUGGACUGCAGACUUUAUCGAAGAAGCUGCUGAUCAGUUUGAGAAGAAUCUGCAAAAUUUAAUGAAAAACGGAUCGGAUGGUGAAUUGGGUGCUUCUUUUCAAAAAAUGGCACAAACAAUUGCAAGUGUAAUAUCAGAUGAAGGUAACACCGACAAAGAUAGCACCGGUACAGACUUUGAAACUGCUAUUGCUCGAGCAUUAAACGACCUAUCUGCAACAUCCGAAUCAUUACAAAAUGAAGCUGACUUGUCCGAAAUGCUUGGACAAGCAUCUUUGGAUGAUGGACCCGGUGCUAUUCUACCGAUCAUGCAAGGAAUGCUGCAACACUUGUUGUCGAAGGAAAUUCUGUACCCAUCAUUGAAAGAAUUGGUCGAUAAAUAUCCCGAGUGGUUAGAAGGGAAGAAAGCAACAUUGUCAUCUAAUGAUCUACACAAAUUCACUAAGCAAUUGGAAUUAAUGCAACAGGUAUGUACUGAACUAGAAAAGGAAAAAGACGAAGACACCGAAGAACUGAAGAAAAAACGUUUGGAAACUGUAAUAUCGCUUAUGCAAGAAGUGCUAGGGUACGGACAGUUACCCGAAGAGCUUAUAGGAGAACAAACAAUGCCUUUUCAAGUUGAUGCCGAAGGGGAUCCUGUCAUUCCAGCGUUACUUCGUGGCAUGGAUUCACCGCAAAAUUGUCGAUUAAUGUAAACGAAUUUUCAUCAUUAUUUCUCGCGAAAGGAAAAUGGAGAUAUCGAAUGAACAUAUAGCAGGGCUUACAACUUAAUAAUAUUUGAAACAUGUACAUUCUAUUUGUACGUAUAGUCGAUAAGUGGUAAACUAUUUAAUAGGCUUAUUAUUCUUGAUAAUGACAUUAUCAGGAAGGAAUCGUGUCUGUAAAUAAAUAAAAACACGUGUACGUGUGUCUGUAAGUUUUAGAAUUUGUACAUGUAUAUAUAUACAUAUUAUGUAUAUAUAUAUAGAUGUUGAUAUACGUACAAAGUUAAUACGGUGGUAUUACGUUUAAACCCGAAUUUUGUAAUUGUAUGUUUUAACCUGUGGGAAA